AUGACAGGGGCCUCGAAUUGUUGGAAUAAGCUUGCAACUGUUUGUGUUGCUGUUCGCGAAGGAGGGAUGGACCAAUUUGAGCAAUUGCCUAGUAAUAGUAAUGAAGUACGAUAUUCUUCCGCAUACGCAUUAUCACCAUCACUUAGCCUACCAGUAACCCAACCUCAAGCCCAAACACCUCCUCAACUGAGUGGUCUUCCACCAUUACGUCAUAUCGAGAGUAGAAAAUCAUUAAGAGAAAAAUCAGAGACCCCCAAUUUGAAUGGGACGUCAAGUUUGAGGAAAUAUAUUGAGUCUCUAUGUAAGAAAUACCCCAGGAGGGUUGGCAAUGAUAAAAGGCAAAAGACCUUGCCUUAUGAUCAAGCACUUGGUGGUAUUUCAACAAUCUGGCAUACUAAAGAUGAUUGGUUAACGUCUUGUGUAGAAAUGGUAGUGAUGGAUGAGAUGCCUUUUAGUGUGGUUGAAGGUAAAGGGUUUUGGAGAUUUUGUGAACUAUUGAACCCUCAUUUUCAAAUGCCAUCUCGUAGGACACUUGGGAACUCAAUUGGUAAACUCCUUGAGACUUGUUUGCCUCAUUGUGAUUUGAAGAAGAUACUCGCAAUCACAACUGAUAAUGCUUCUUCAAGCAUGAAGACAAUAGAUUACUUGAAGUCGAAGAUGGGUCAUUGGAAGAAUGGUUGUCUUGUGUUGGAAGGAAAGUACACGCAUGUGAGGUUUUGUGCUCAUAUUAUCAAUUUGAUUGUUCGAGAUGGCUUGAAAAAACUAGAGAAAAGUAUAUUGUCAAUAAGGAAUGCGGUUAGGUGGAAUUUAACAUAUAUGAUGUUGGAUGCUGCUUUGAGGGAAGAUGAGGGGGUGGUUGCAUUUAGACCUAAAAAGAGGGUAGGGCCACCAACUAAAGAAGAUUGGAGCAAUGCUCUUAUUUUUGUCAAAUUUUUAAAGGGUGAAAUUGGUGAUUUGUUGUUUGGAGAUCAAUUACCAAGUCAAACUCAUACCUCCACUGUUUUGAAAGAUAUGGCAUGUAGCAUGAAGAUGAAAUUUGAGAAGUAUUGGGGUGACCUUGAUAAAGUGAACCAACUUUCGAUGGUUGUUCUUGAUCCUCGGUACAAGUUCGGGAACUUGGAGUUUGUAUUAAAAAGAAGGUUUGAAAACCUGCAAGAUGCUACUAAGAAGAAGAAUGAAGUGAAAAAGCUUUUAAUGAAGCUUUAUGAGGAGUAUGUUAUCUCACCACCUCCUACUACUCAAGGCACUAGUGCUAAUGGUGAUACUAGUUAUACUAUUAGUACCACUAGGAGGAAAGCACCUUUGGGAAAUGGAGAAAAGUUAAAUAAAAGAAUCUCAAGCAAGUAA